UAAUUAAAUAAUGUUUGUAUGAAAUAAACUAAAAUUAGAGAAUUCUAACUGAAAAACAAUUUUUUGUUUGUUCUUUUUUGGCAAAUUGAUUGUGCUAAAAGUUUGUGUGUGUGUUGUGCUUUUGCAAAAAAUUGCCCCUGACUGUGUGAGUGAGUUUUUACAAUUGUUCUUUCUUUCGUUCGUUCGUCCAUUUAGCAUAAAAUACAAAAAAAAGGAAAAACAAUAAGAAGAAAGCAACUAAAGAAGAUUUAAAACAAAAACAAAAUUUUUAAAUAAAUUUCUGUUCUGUGAGCUGCUCAUCAUUAUUGAACACCGUCUGUCACUGUUGGGGUCAAAGUUACGCUAGGAAAAUAAGCAAAAGACUAACAACCAACAUUAAUCAAGUCCAACCAAGGAAGUUUUCAUCUACAAAAAGAAAAUAAAUUGUAACCAUCAUGGCUAAUAUGGCUGUAUCUCGUAUAAAGCGCGAAUUUAAGGAAGUUAUGCGCAGCGAGGAGAUUGUUCAAUGCUCCAUUAAAAUUGAAUUAAUCAAUGACAGUUGGACUGAAUUACGUGGUGAAAUAGCAGGACCACCAGAUACACCAUAUGAAGGUGGAAAAUUUGUACUAGAAAUUAAAGUACCCGAAACGUAUCCCUUCAAUCCACCCAAGGUGCGUUUUAUAACAAAAAUUUGGCAUCCCAAUAUAUCUUCGGUAACUGGUGCCAUAUGUUUGGAUAUAUUAAAAGAUAACUGGGCCGCUGCUAUGACAUUACGUACAGUCUUAUUGUCAUUGCAAGCCUUAUUAGCUGCCGCUGAACCCGAUGAUCCACAAGAUGCUGUCGUAGCUUACCAAUAUAAAGAUAAAUAUCAAUUAUUUGUAACAACAGCCCGGCAUUGGACCAAUGUUUAUGCGGGUGGUCCCCAUAAAUAUCCAGACUGUGAUGCCAAAAUACAACGUUUGAAGGAUAUGGGCAUAGAUGAGCAUGAUGCACGUGCUGUUCUAUCGAAAGAAAACUGGGAUUUGGAAAAAGCCACUGAAAGUCUAUUUAGUUAGCUUCGUUUUCCAACACCCCAUAUUUGUAGCAAUUCGUGGGGAUUAUUUAAGUUUUAAUAAAACACAAUUAAAAGGGUUUGCUGCGCUUUAAAGUUUAAUAAACACAACAAGAAACAUCAAAACGAAAACAAUCUGCACUUGAGCGCCUCAUAAAUUUCUAACAACUUUCCUCUUUCGUAUUUUGUUUUUUAAUAUUUAUUUUUUAUAAUUUUCUUUUAUUAUGUGUAUCCUCCAUUUUCCUCUUCUCAGUUUUAAUUUGUGUGAGAUUUUGUAUUUUUUAAACAAAAAUUGUUUUAAAAUUAUUUUCGGUAAACUAUUGUUAAAGUCUUGGAAUUAUAAAGACAGUUGAACUGUUUUUUUGCUUAUAUAAGGCUUCAAGAAACAUAUUUUGUAUUUAAUUUAAUAAAACUUAACUUAAAAACCU